UAUUUAAGCCCCUCCUCACUCUCCCAGUCCUCCCGUGCCAUCGCCAUUCAUUCACCUCCAGCUCUCUCCAAGCCCCGGAACCUUAUCACCAAAUCCUCAUCCCAUCCCCAGCGUCAUGGCGGCCGCGCUCUUCUCCACCUCGCUCUCGCCACGCUUCCUUGCCCUAUCCUCCGCGAAGCCGGCUGCGCCCGCGGCCUCAGCCUUCCUCCCCUUCAGGCUGCCGCUUCGCGCUGUGUCGGCGCCGGGGAGGCGGGUCUUCGAGCCCGUGGCCGUCGCGGUGUCGUCGGAGUACGAGACCGAGGGCGCGGAGCAGGAGGAGGAGGGAGCCGAGGAGUUCUCCGAGGACCUCAAGCUGUUCGUCGGCAACCUGCCGUUCAGCGUCGACAGCGCGCAGCUCGCUGGGCUCUUCGAGCAGGCCGGCUCCGUCGAGAUGGUCGAGGUUGUAUAUGAUAGAAUGACUGGACGGAGCCGUGGAUUUGGAUUCGUGACAAUGUCUUCAGCUGAAGAAGCUGGAGCUGCUGUCGAGCAAUUCAACGGUUAUACAUUUCAAGGAAGACCACUGAGGGUGAACUGUGGACCGCCGCCGCCUAGAGAUGAAUCCGCACCAAGAGCACCAAGGGGUGGUGGUGGUGGUGGUGGCGGUGGUAGCUUUGUCGAUUCAGCGAACAAGGUCUAUGUGGGGAACCUUGCAUGGGGCGUUGAUAACUCAACUCUGGAGAACCUAUUCAGUGAGCAAGGGCAGGUGCUUGAUGCUAAGGUCAUCUAUGACAGGGAGAGCGGCAGGUCAAGGGGGUUUGGUUUCGUCACCUAUGGCACAGCCGCGGAGGUCAACAAUGCCAUAUCAAACCUUGAUGGCAUCGACUUGGAUGGUAGACAGAUCCGAGUCACGGUUGCAGAAUCAAAGCCGAGGCGUCAAUUUUGAGAUUUUGUUUACGCAGUUUAGAGGUUAAUAGUGUGUUUCACAAGUUUUAGUUUGUAGCGUCUAUUCUUUCCUCCAUAUGAGUAACAAGAAGAUGCUGAUAAUGAGAAACUGGAAGUGAAAUAUCUGUACACAGGAAAAUAUUUUUCCCAGCCCUACAAUGAACACGAUUGCGCCUUCAAACAGAAGUAGAAAUCUUAACAAAGUUGUGCCACAUGCGUACACAACAGGCAGUCAAGAGCACUUUUUUCUGAAUGUUCGUGAUGGCAUGUAUGAAUGUAUCGUGUACGUAUGAUCCUUCUGGAAAGAUGAAUUUAUUUGUUUCAGCUGUACCACAAAAUUGUCAAUUCAAAUCUCCCUGCCAUUGUCUA